UUUGCCUUGAAACAGCAACGCCUCCAUCAGUCUCUGCAGAGUGCGAAGAUUAUGUUUCUCCAACAUCACUUUAUGUGGAUCUAUGAGUCCACUGUCAACAUGCUGAUAAUGUCGCCAGCCCUGUAAAAGAGGACUAACCUUCUGUUGUCUUCAUCAGAUGGAACACGUGAGAGGAAGACUGCAGCAUCUGAAGAAUAAGCAGAAUGGAUGCGGUGGGGAGGCACCACGCAGACGCUGCUCAGAGGGUUAUAAACCACAUCCUUAGUCACACCACCGACGAUUAUGAUGAUGCCGAUGAUGUUCCACUAAGCAUUCUCACACAGACGUCAGUGCAUCGGGGACUCUGUUAACUUGUUAACUGAUUUAGUGGAAGAAUUUUAUAUUUAAAGAAGUGGCUGAUAAAAGUGGGUCGUCCCCAUGGCUCUCAAACCUGUCCUCUUAUUGUUGCUGUGGGACCUCACUUUGUUUGCUCAUGGUGUCACGUCUUUGUGCAAUGUCACUUGCUCCACGGACUACGAUUAUUUGCUGAACUGCUCGUGCUCGGGCUCUUUGCCGACAUAUUCAGUCCUCAUCGAAGUCGUAUGCAGAGAUGGCGAAUAUGAUGUUAAUGGAAGCUGUGAAGUCAAAUCACCACAGUCGUGGUGCGUAAUGUAUCCGGAGGAACUUUAUAUAGUUGCAUCUAUUGGAACCAUGUGCACCGCGACAGUCAGUCACAAGGGCCAUCAAGUGCUGAUAAACGACAAUGAGUCAUCAACAUGGGCCCUGAGUAAAGUGGUGAAACCUCUGCCUCCUGUCGAUGUUCAAGUGGCAAGAAAUGAUGGAUGUUACAACGUCACUUGGGAACACGAUCACGAAACCCAUAACAUUCUCAUAUACAGGGUGCGCGUGAGACAAAGCAACGACUUGUCAAAGGAUCCAGUUCAUUACCUUGAAGUGGGAGAAAAAUACAGUCUGUUAGACUGUGAGAAGCUGCAACCACAUGUCAACUAUAUCGUGGAUGUUCAGGCCAAAAUGUCUCCUAAGAAUCUGUAUAUAGGUCCAUGGAGCGAGUGGAGCUCCACUGCAGAGUGGAGGACAGCAGGAAAUUCUGCACAGACUGAAGGAAUGAAUGGAUGGUGGUGGUACGUCACCCUGGCCGUCAGUCUCCUCUUUGUGUUCCUGCUGCUGGGUUAUUCACAAAAACCGUGUUGGCAGAAAAAACUCCGGCAGAUUAUUUACAUACCCAGGCCGGACGAGUUUUUCAAGCCCCUCGACAAAAGCUACGAAGGGAACUUCAAGGAGUGGGUGAAGCCUUUAUUCAACGAGUGCGAUUACCUACAAGCUCAGAUGAUGAGCAACAAGCAGCACGACGUCCUUCAGUGGAACACUGAGAAACAAAGCUACAGCGAGGACAACGAGAUGAAACACGCCGGUCACUUCCUCCCCGUGCUGCAGCCUCACAGCAACUCGCUGCUGUUCUUCCAGGACGGCGACAGCUUUCAGGGCACCGGCCACUCCACCGGACACAUCUCCAUCCACACUGUGACCCUGUCUGGAGAAGAAGAGUUUGAGGAGGAAGUCGGGUCACAAAGCUCUGUAAACACCCUCAGAAGUUACCAAGGUGGAGAGAGCUUCGGUUCAUUUGAGGAAGACAACAGAGAACAUGCCGGCUACGAUUUGGAGGAAUCUCGUAGGCAGAGUGGGAUUUUACCACCGCAUGAAAACCAAAUAUCUAACAACUUAUCACUAGAAGAUAUAAACUUUCAGCCACGUGAGCAACUUGAUGAACCAGAGAGGGUGUCACUCAACUCGUUCGUCUCAAACGAGCAGUCAGAAGACGGCUACCCUCACGUGGACUUGGACACCAUCGACAGCGGUUUUGGAGAGUGCAGCAGCCCCGGAGCCUCGGACUCAAACAUGGCAGAGCAGAGGGACUCUGAUUUAUUUCAGGAGCACAAAAGCUCCAAUUCGAACUACGUCAAGCAGUGGAUGAUCUGUAGCACUACUCAAGAAGACUCGAGCAAUUUAGAGAACGAACUCCAGGAAACACAGUGAUCAUCACGACUGAUUUACUGCCACAAAAAUAUUUUUUGGCUCAGUGGGACACGCAUAUAAAAAAAAAAACAAUAUUGUUGACGUUUCCAGAAAAUACACAUAAGUGAGUUGGAAGUAUCUGCUGGGCAUAUAAUCCUUUAGGAUCAGUUCAUAAUGAUGUUUUUUUUUAAAUUUUGCACUUUGUAUCAUGUAAACAGUCAGGCUUCUUUGCUUUAGUUUUUAAUUUUUAAUUUUUGCUUUUUAAAGGCAGGUCAAAGAGUCCAGAGACAAAGAUAUGUUCAGACAGAUGGGGAUGACGUUUAAUGAAGACUGGAGUUUGCCAACAUAGUGAUUAUUUUUUAAGUCUCGAUUUAUAUUUAGAUCAGUCUUUUAUUAAUUUAUCAUUUAAAAUAUUUUUUUUUUUCAAAGAUAUCUUUUUAUAUAUUCAUUUUUAUGCCUCUGUACCGGUGAUAGUUGUGGCCGGAGGCAUUGUUUUCUGGUUGUGUGUCCAUCACACUCUCGUGAACAUGAUAUCUCAACAACACCCUGAGGAAGUUUCAUCAGAUUUGACACAAAACUCAACAAUAACCUGAUCAGACUUUGGUGGUUGCAGGACAAAGGUCAAGGUGGCUGUGAGCUCGCCUAUCUAAUUAUCGUGAACACAGUAUAUCAAGAAACUCUGAGGGAGUUUCUUCAGUGACCUCAAAAAACAUGUUUGGUCAUAUUUCAAUAAUGCAUUUGUUAAAAUAUCACAUGAGUGCCAAAUGGGAUACAAUGAUAUGGUAAUGAUGUUUCUUAUCAACAUUAUAGUCAUCACAUCAUAUCCAUGCAAAUACAACAUUUGCUUUUGUAAUGUAUCAGUUUAUUGAUAGAUCAUUAUUAAUUACAGAGAAAGUCAAUAAUUCUUAUUACGCUCUAGACACAAUAGACAUGCAAUGAGGGAUUGAAAUAUUGCACAUUGCUUUGAUUUAUUCCACUGAAGGAUGCUUUGUUUUAAAUAGUGUUUGUCACUGUACUGUAUAUACAGCUUCAUUUUUUCAUGGUCAUGCACGAUUCAUUAGCUUGUACUGGAGCACCAGCAUGCAUGCUGCCUUAUCAAGAUCUCUGAUAAUGUCUGCUUUCCUUGCACAUGCAUUUUCUCAGUAACCACUGUAACCAACUGUGCUGUUUUUCGCAAGUCAGUAAAAAGAGCAAACUUGGA